UUUCAGAUCGUAGAUCAGUUUUGCUGUCAACACACACGCAAAAUAACUUUCAGCUGUGAUGUGCAGAAUGUUUUUGCAAUCGCAAUUGAAACUGGCCAUUAGCGAGGUCAAGCCUUAUUCAUCAGUAAAUGUCAGAAAAAAUUAACUUAGUAUUUGAUGAGUCGAUGGAGCUGGGAGAACAGUGGUGGAAAGGACAAGUGGUUGCCGACAUCCAUCAGGCUCUUCGCAUCAAGGAGCUGAGAUUACCACUCUACAAAAGCCAUUCUCCUCAGCUGAACACUAGACGUUACUUUGCGGAUCUUCUUGCAAUCAUUAGCAAUCAUUUUCAUCUUUGCCCUACUGCUCGCCACCUUGCUGUUUACCUUCUAGAUCUAUUUAUGGACCGCUAUGAUAUUUCUGUUCAGAAAUUACAUCUAGUGGCACUCUCCUGUUUACUUCUGGCAAGCAAAUUUGAGGAGAAAGAAGAUCGUGUACCAAAACUUGAACAACUCAACAGCCUUACUUGCCUGAGCAGUAUGAACCUGGUGCUAAACAAACAGGACCUAUUGCACAUGGAACUCUUGUUGCUAGAAUCCUUUCAAUGGAACCUCUGCCUGCCUACUGCAGCACACUUCAUUGAUUACUACCUUUCCAUUGCUGUACAUGAAACUGAUCUUCAUGGUGGAAGGCCUAUGGUUUACUUGGAGAAGACAAAGUUAUAUACAGAAAAAUAUUCUGCCUACUUUCUAGAGGUAUCUUUACAAGAUCAUGGCUUUUUAAAUUAUUUUCCUUCAGUAGUUGCAGCUGCUUGCAUAGCAGCGUCUCGAGCUGUUCUUAAACUCACUCCUUUAUGGCCUGUUCGACUGCACCAUCUUACUGCUUAUGCCUGGGAUGCUCUGUUACCCUGUACUGAACGUCUGUUAAUUGCUCACGACAAUGAUGUAAAAGAAGCCAACAAGCAGAAACGUGAACAAUCAGUUCAGAUUGGACAAAGCACUUUCUUGAGUCAACCUGUAGCUUCUUCCCAAACCCGGAUUGCACAACAAACUUCACCAUACUUGCAUCCAAAGCACUCCAAUCUAUUGCAGUAUCAUCACCAACAGCCCUUGCAGCAGAAUUGUCAAUCUACUCUUCCAACUGGUCAAGCAACAAGAUAUACAAUAUCAGCAUGCCCUUCCAAUCUUCAAGCUAAUUUUGUAACUCAUGGACCCAGACAAGCAAAUACUAUGUCAUUAGCAACAAAUAUGGAAGUUAAAUCUUGUAUUAAUAUUCCUUCUAAUCAGAAGUACCAAGUAAAUGGCCAUUAACUCUGAAAAACACCAUACUUUGAAAGGCAAUUACAUGAACCAAUCAUCAAAAGACACAUUACAUGUGGGAAUGGCUUUAAUCAUAACUUUAUAUUUUGAAAUUGUUCUUUACAUCUUAAAGAGAAACAAAACAAAUUUAUUUUGUAGGUGUUGGGGAUUAUUGGGCACCAAUGUUAAAGAAAUAACAGAACCUAUCUAAAUGUUUGAAGAUGUACUUAACAACAAGUUAAUUGAUAUGAUGAACAAUAAAUCUGACAAAUUAACCGGAUAAAAUGCUAGUUUGGAAGUUUGAUGCUUUACAUCAGAAAUUGAUCCUGAUUUUUGGUCAGUAUCCUGAUAAUUACUUCCUCUGUGUGCCUUAAGUGCCAAACAGUAACUAAUGACUACAAUUUUAAAUUGCAGCAUUUUCUUUUCUUUUUCUCCGACUCCAGUCUAAUGUUAAUUGGCUGCUCAUUGUGCAAUAUUAUCUUUUUUAACACUUGACAGAAGAUAACCACUUCCACCAAUUGGUAACUACCUCAUUUAGUUACAUUUUAAUUGCAUCUGCAUAUAAUUAUUGAGACCAUUCAAUGUACUGCAAGAGCAAUUUGUGUUCAGUUUAUUUAUAAGUAGCUGAACUUUAUCUCCUUUGAAAUGUACUGAAUUAUUUGAACAGAACAUCAUUUGUUUGCACUAGUAAGAUUAUAGUAACAAUCUCUUGUUCAGGUGCUUAAGUCACCUUUUCAGAGUAAAUAGAUAUGCCUUUUGGAUUAAUAGAAGCUUCACAACACAACACUUAUAUUUAAAAAGUCUGCUCUUGAGAUUUAAUUGUCCAUUUAAUCUUCACGCCUGUUUUCUCUAGAUGGUUCUGAAUGUUCAUGUUACUAAAAGAGCAAUAAGAAUACAUUUUGGAUUUAAAUGAAUUUUUAAAAAUAAAUUAAAGUAUUGUGAGAUUUUCAAGAGUAAGCACUUGCACUUGUGGAAAAGAAUAAAUGGCACAAAUGGGAUCCUUUACUCAAAGUGUAAUCUAACAUUGUUUUGCAGACCCAAGUGUAUCAUUAGAAUAAAUAUUUUUUACAAGUAUACAAUAGCAGUUCCAAAAUGGAGAACUUCCUUACUGGGUGCUGUGCAUUUCUGAAGUAAUCAGUGAUUUUAAAUAAAAUUGUUU